CGCCUUCCCCACUGACUCUUUCAGUCACCCGUUUGAAACCUAGGUGGGGCGGAUCCCCUGGAGCCUGUUAUGGGUGGAGCCGGCUCACAGAGGGUGUAGGCUUCGUGUUGCCAGCUGCUGCCCCCCUCCUCCCAGUCUGUGUGUCAGACUCCCCCAGGGGGAUCCCUGUUGCUGGAGAGGAGGAGGGAGCUGGGGGCGCCCCAUAGUGCUUUCAGAUAGGUCGGGGAUGCCGGCCACUUCCUGUCUGCAGCUGAUCGGAGAAGCCGGGUAGAUCUCUCAGAUGAGAUCGCAGGGGAACCGCAGCCUGAGACCGGAGUUCAUCUCCCCGCGCCCCGCUCGCCUCUCCUGCCUUAGCCGCCAUGUUGUCCAAAACGAUCCCUGAGGAUGUUGCAGAGCAACCGGAUGACAUUGGACAUGAAGCGCCUAACCACGUGCAUCCUGGAGUGCCACAUCUUGAGCCAGGAGCAAAGCGUGUGAUACUUCCACCAGUACCUCUAUCGGUUUAUGGUUACCCAACAUACCCGAUUGGCAGCUAUAAGCACAUAAUGAAUGAACAGCCAUCCGUUGGAAGCUGUGGACAACCAAUUAAAGAUGAUGACAACAAGAAGACUGUCCUGACAACACAAUCAAACGGGCACAUAACCUCUGUUAAAAAUGGACCACCCGUUGCAGAGAAGCCGCAAGAAAUCACAAACCGAAAGUCACAAGGCAACACUGCAGCUGCUUCAGAUGGUACUGUCAAAAUAAUAACACCUGCGUUAACGCCAGAAUCAGCAAUGAGACAGUACAUGCAUGAAAUGACCACCUUUGAACAUCAUGAAAUUUUUAAGUACCCCGAAGUCUACUAUUUUGGAGGAGCUGCAAAGAAACGCCAUGGUGUGGUAGGAGGACCUAAUAAUGGUGGUUAUGAUGACAACCAUGGUACAUACGUGCAUGUGCGGCAUGAUCACGUUGCAUACAGGUAUGAAGUGUUGGAUGUUAUUGGGAAAGGAAGUUUUGGACAAGUUGUAAGAGCUUUCGAUCACAAGGUACGCGAGUAUGUGGCACUGAAAAUAGUAAGGAAUGACCAGCGUUUCCACCGUCAGGCUGCAGAAGAGAUCAGGAUCCUGGAACAUCUGAAGAAGCAAGAUAAAGAUAACAAAAUGAAUAUUAUCCAUGUUUUGGAACACUUCAACUUCCGUAACCACAUGUGUAUAACAUUCGAGCUGCUGAAUAUGAACCUCUAUGAGCUGAUAAAGAAAAAUAAGUUUGAAGGAUUCAGCCUGCCAGUAGUUAGGAAGUUUGCACAUUCAAUUCUACAGUGCUUGAAUGCUUUGCACAAAAACAGAAUAGUACACUGUGAUCUGAAGCCAGAGAAUAUCUUGUUGAAGCAGCAGGGCAGAAGUGCCAUCAAAGUAAUAGACUUCGGUUCUAGCUGUUAUGACCAUCAACAUCUUUAUACCUACAUCCAAUCCCGCUUCUAUCGAGCACCUGAGGUCAUUCUGGGUAUUCGCUAUGGAAUGCCUAUUGAUAUGUGGAGCUUAGGCUGUGUUCUUGCAGAGCUGCUGACAGGAUGUCCACUCUUACCUGGGGAGGAUGAAAGUGACCAGCUUUCUUGCAUGAUUGAGUUACUGGGUAUGCCACCCCAAAAACUCAUAGAUUCCUCAAAGCGAGGCAAAAAUUUCAUCAGCUCCAAAGGUUUUCCUCGUUAUUGCACCGUUUCGUACCUGCCAAAUGGGGCUGUGGUACUCAAUGGCAGUCGAUCCAGAAGAGGAAGAUGGCGUGGACCACCUGGGAGCAGAACUCUUGUGUCUGCUUUGAAGGGCUGUAGUGAUCCUUUGUUCCUUGACUUUUUGGCUAGAUGCUUAGAAUGGGAUUCAGUAUCAAGAAUGACUCCCAGCCAGGCUUUGCAGCACCCUUGGCUACGGAGACACUUGCCAAAGCCUCCAGCUGUAGAAAAGAUUCCAUCCAAGAAAACAUCUCCAUGCUCUGGUGCUAUGUCAUCUUCAAAGUUACCUCCUGCAUCAAGGCCUGCAGCACAAUCAAGGGUGAAUCUGAUCCAAAUACCUGAUUCUAAUGGCAAUGUACACCACAGACCAACACUGAGCUCUGGUGCAGUGACAUCCACCUCAAAAUUACCUCAAGCAUCAGGCCCUGCAGCACAACCACGGGCUAGAUUUGGCCAAAUGCCUGAUGCCAAUGGCAACGUGCAUCACAAACCUGUCCUGCCAAAGCUGCUUUAAUGGGUUUCGGACAUUUUUCUAAAGCUCAGCACGUUAAACAUCUUAACUCACUUAAACAACUGUCCUUAAAUCAAUGGUUUCUGUGCAAUCCGUUGAAAUUUACAAUCAGAUUUUAUAUACAAAACUGUGGGCACAAUGCCUUAAGGGCAUGGGAUUUUAUUUUUUUUCUCUAAUACUUGAUUGGAUGUUUGCCUUGCUUAAAGUGUCAUAAAAUCAGUGGCUGGCCACUGACUAUACUAUUUGACUGUUAAAGUGUAUUUAUUAGUAUCAAAAUUGUUAGCUACCAUUUUAUUUUAGCUAACAACAUUUUAACCCUUCUUGUUUUAAAGCAACACGGGUUAAGGAGCUGAAGAAUACCUGGAUUUUUAUCUUUAUUUAUGUUUUUCAGAUGGACUUGUUGUCCAUCCUGAUAACUGAGAAGUAAAUACUCAGCACCAGAGUCUAUGGCCUGAAUUGUUGCCUGCAAACUUGUGAUCUCCUGGGAAUGGCAAGAUGGGAAAGCACCCCUGUCCUUUAUUAGUUGAGUCCAGCCUUCUGAUUUAAAUGAAGUCU